AUGAAGAAACUCUUUUGGAACUCCUUCGUGCUGGAUGACCAACUAUUCAAGGCGCAAACCAAUGUGUGGUCAGCUCUUGACAAUGAAGGGCUGGAUGGCUUCGAUGUCCAGGAGCUUGAGCAACUCUUUUCUGAGCAGUCAGGUGGAUCUGUGCCAAUGCGGGCUGGGCCCGGAGGUAGAAGUCGCCGUUUGCGACGCCGAGUUUUGGAAGAAUCUCGCCGUCGUCAGGUUUGCAUCAUGCUCGCUCGGUUGCCACCAGUUGACAUCACGGUGAGAGCAGUGCACAGAAUGGAUGACGCAACCUUGGACAAAGACCAGGUCGAACUGCUGCUGUCCACUGCUCCAUCAGCUGAUGAGCUUUCGCUGCUUUCUACAGCUGCCCAAGCACCUGAGAAGGAGACCUUGCCAUGGGAUGACGCAGAGAGUUUUGUUAUCAAGCUCGCAGAGGUGUCUUCCUUCAGAACACGGCUCCAGAUUUGGUCCUUCGAGUACGCUGGCUUGAAGAUGAGCAAGCUGGAAAUUCAACUGGCAGAAUACUUUGUGCAGGUUUAA